AUGCGCAGAAAGGAUGAAGAGGUUAAUGAAAGAUGGAGCGAUUGUGAAGCUGCACGAGGAGAGGGAACGCCAAGAAGAGCAGGUGGUAAGGCUUCAACAGGAGAGGGAUUCAUUGCUCGCGGAGGUGGCGGCGGUAGAAGAGGAAAAGAGGAAACUCUUAGAGGAGUUGGACCGGAAAGGAAAGGCGAAGAGAAGCAGGGAGGAACGAAUCGAAAAGGGAUUAGUGAGACAAAUGCAAAAACCUACGACAGAAUUGUGAAAUGGACAAUAAAUGCGCUAAAUCAGGAUAUGGAUGAUGGGUACUGCGGAAAAUUUGUUGCUGGAACGCACGAUGAUCCUGUAAAAUGA